UUUCCAUUAUUUUGUACAACUCCUGUAUUUUGGUCUUGCCAGAAACAGGCCUGUUCCUCCAUUUUGUUUGCUUGCUUACCCACUCAGAGAACAAUGAUGCCUGCGACAAAGAGGGGGAUUGGCCGGCAGCCAGAAGGAAUUCUACUGCAAAACUGCCCUGCCCUAAUCAUCAAAGAGGACAGAGGAAAAGAAAGUGCAACGGAGAUGGAACAUGGGAGGAUGAGAAGUCUGAAUGUGUAAACCUUGAUCUUAAAGAAGUGGCUGGAGAUGCAGAGACCCUACAGAGAGGCAUUGGGAAUUUCGCUGAAACAACUCCAAAGUUGUUUCAAGUCAUGAAGCUGUCUACAGAAAAGACAAAUAUUAAUUCUAACGCAAACAUCGACCAAUCAGUGCAGAUCUUUGCUAUCAUUAGAGAGACUUCUGAAACAAAGAACCAAACACUUGGUCCAGAUGCGGUACCUGAUUUCCUCACAUCGGCAAACAACUUGUUGAAUGAUACACUGAACGGAUCCUGGGACAAUGUCACUGCGGCUUUUUACCUGUUCGAGGUUAAUAGAUUGUUGUUACGAUCCAAUGUAAGCGAGGAUUUAACAAGGAAAAACAUAGAAUUGAAGAAGUGUAAAGGUAACUGUAAAUCAACGGAAGUUUUUGGCGUUAAGGUAAAGGAAUCAGGCAGUAAAGGGCCCUUAUUGGCCACUGGCUUCAAAAAACUUGCGGAGUACUUGCCACAGAUCAAGGAUGAGGAGAGCCGUGGCAUUGUGAUAGAAGUUCAAGCUGAAGGUCACGAGGAUGUUACACUUACAUUUCCAGAGGUUAAUCGAACUGCUAACCAUGAAAUGAGCUGUGUUGUCUGGUUGCCUGAAAAAAAGAUGUGGUCCAAAGAGGUGUGCACAUGGGGAGGUGCAGACAACCCAGGUGUAUGCGUAUGUAAACUUAACAACAACAAUCUCACUUCGCGAUCUCAGACCAAGGGUUACUUAGGAGCCUCAUUCACUGUGUUCAUGUCAAAAAACCCAGUUAUAAUUCCAUACAUGAACUAUCUGACUUGGAUCGGUGUGAGCGUUUCAAUCCUGUCUCUCAUCAUUUGCGUUCUCAUCGAGGGCAUAGUGUGGAGCUCAGUGGUUAAGUCGGACAUCGCCCACUUUCGCCACACGGCCGUGGUCAACAUCUCUCUCAGCUUGCUUUUGGCCGACAUCAGCUUUUUGGCCACGGCGUUCGAGUCCAAGCCUACCAACUGGUGCUGGUGGCUGGUGGUGGUGAAGCACUACUGCUUCCUUGCCAUGUUCUUCUGGAUGCUGUGCUUGAGCCUGGUGCUCCUCCACUCCUUGGUUUUUGUAUUCCAGCACCUGAGCAAAAAGUUCUUUCUGAUCAUGUCCCUCACCGUCGGCUACGUCUGCCCUCUGAUCAUUGUGGUUUUGACUUACAUUGCGUAUGGAAAUGGGAAAGCCGACAGCUACUACCUGCCAGAGACCUGCUGGCUGAAGUAUGAGGGCACUUUCCAAGGGUCCUUUUUUGCGUUUGUAAUGCCUGUCGGCAUUAUCAUCUGCAUUAAUAUCCUGUCCAUGAUGGUGGUCAUUGUUAGACUGCUGAAGCCCUCUGUGUCUGAAAGUCGUAGUCAAGAUGACAAAGACAUCAUUCGGAGCAUCCUCAAGGCAGUCAUCCUCCUGACACCCAUUUUUGGAGUGACAUGGAUUUUUGGCUUUUUUAUCCUGACGAUUGACUACACCCAAAGGCCGAUGUCUGACAUUGUGAACUACCUCUUUACGGGGUGCAAUGCGUUUCAGGGUUUUUUCAUUCUUGUUACGGCAUGCCUGAGUGAGAAAAAGGUCAGAGAGACACUUUGUGGGAAGAUCUCCUGGACCGCAAAGGUUUAUAAGACAUCUACAAGCAAUGCUUCCGCCUCCAGGACAUCCAAUGAAAGUUCUCUCAAAAAGAAGUAACUCGUGGUCUUUGGUUUUUGAAAUCCACUUUUGCUUUCCUGUUUUGCACAACACUUUGUUUGAAAGUAAGAUUUUGCUGUGAUGUUAAGUUGUUGCACUGGUGUUGUGCUGCAUACAUGUACUUAUAUAUUCUUAUAUAAGAAUUUUCAUGUAGAUAUACCAUGUACAGCUGUUGACAGAGGAACAUUGUUCUACAGUCAAAAACAACAAAAGGCUGAUAGCUCAGACAGUCUAUGUAUCCUUUAUUAGUGUGUAGGGGGCUCUUGAAUUUUGGGGAUCAUUCCAUUCUAAUAAUUAAGAAUAGUCAUUGUAACAAUUGGAAUAACUAUGCUUUUUUCAUAUUUAUUUAUAAUACCUAUGUUAUACACUCAGUGCUAAAUAAUAUAAUCCUCAUAUCAAUAAAAAAUGACUUACAACCUAGAUUUUUAGGACGAGGGUAUAUUAAAUGUUUGCUUGGGUGUUUCUGAAGUUAUGUUCCACAUUUUAUGUUACAAAUGUUAUGUAAGAAAUUUUAGGGACAUUCAUGGGCAAGUGGUUACACAGUCAAGCUAGUUGCCAGUUUUAUUUCCAACAGGAGAGAUUAUGCCUCCUCCACCAUGAUCAAAUUCCGCCCAAAAGGUUCUCAAAAACCGCCAAAAUGUGCUAAAUUCUGCACAAUUUCAGCAAAUUACAUUGACUUCUAUGGGCCCAAAACUGCAGAAAAAUAAACGCCAAAUGGCCAAUUUUUCCUGUUUAAAAAAAUGGCCAAUUUUUCCCGGGUAACCACCCAAUCUGGCAACACUGAUCUUGACCAUGAUACAGUCCCCGCUGCACUGCUCCCUUUGGGGUGCCUGUUGGGCCGCCCCACACACACACACACACACACAAUUCAAUUUCGUUAUGUGCAUUGUGUGCUGUAUCACAAUGUCAAUGGGACUUGUCCAAAGGGACUGUCAUAGCUGUUCCUUGUUCACAAACUGUAUAUAAUGGGUGAAAUGUUGUAGGUGUGAGCUGUGAAUGGCUGUGUGCACUGUAAUAAUAAUGACCUCAUUUCUGAAACAUAGAAAUUUGCUCUAAUAAAGUAACAUAAGCU